AUGCUCGCGAAACGUAUCCUCACAUCAAGUCGAUCCUUAACCACAUCCACUGUGUCCAGGUCCUGGUUUGGUGACUUAUUUGGCAACAAGAAAUCGAAAAUCACCAGUCAACAAAAACGAUCUGAUAUAAUAGAGAAACAGGAUGAUUAUAUAAAUAAAGAAAUUACCAAAAUCACUCAUUUAACUCGUGAAAAUUCACCUCAAUAUUUGGAAAAGAAACAAAACAAUAAGGUCAAACAGGAGUUUAAAGUACGUGAUUGGAAAAAUGUCAAGUUUUUACAUGCAAAAGAUUUGGAAGGGUUUUAUGAUAAUAAAGUUAAAUUGCAAAGCGUUGUAAAUCAAAGUUAUAGAGAUGCGACUGGAACUGAAAUUGGAUUUGAUGAUUAUAAUAGCAUCGAUUUACAUGAUUUGAAAUUGAGAUUCGAAGUUGUAAAGCAAUUACAAUCGAAUUUGGGAUUUGAACUCAAUGAUUACGUGAUCAGUAGUAACCAUGAUUUGCUCUCAUUAUAUUAUGAAGUUGAAAAAGUCGUUAAUAAGAGAUGGAGUAGUGAGAGGAACCCUAAUGCUAUUGUAUUGAGACAAAGAGACUUCACUGCCAAGAAUGUAUACCUUAAUGAAUCAAGAGACGAAUACGAGAAGCAAAAGGAGUUUUCAAAAUUAUUAAAAGAGGUGGAGAAAUUAGAGCAACAGUGA